UCCCCAUGUUUUUCACUGCCUCCCAGCAGCCUCUGGGGACUGACAGAGAGUGGGGCCGAGAGGCUGCUGGCAAAUCACUGUCUUGCUCAAAAGUGCAUUUCCAGAGCAAGAUUUAUAACGUUAGCUUGGCACUGCUGCCAGGCUUUGGCCAGAGAUCAAGAUAGUGUAGCCAAACCUGAGUGGAGCAGUGGUGUAGGGUGCUGCCCCCUCACCCCCAAAUGUGGGGUGCAGGGCCCUCAGAGGUUUGGCAGGUGCUGGGGAGCUGCAGCCCAUCCUGCACCACCUUCUCCACACCCAGGCACCAGUUAGCCACAGCUCUGAGCUUAGCUGGGAACAGAGAGUAAACCCUUAAAUCCUGAGGCAUCUUAUGUGUUUCCCAGGCACGUCUGGGCUCAGUGCACUCCAAACCUCAAGUACAGCUGGGAAUGGGGCCAACCCCAAGGCACUCACGUAGCCAGUGCCCCUUGUUGUUCCCAUGCCACUCGCUGGAGCUGGAGACAGCAAUUCAGGGAGAACUGGACCAUGACAGGGCCUUUGCCCCAUCCUGCUGAGCAGGAAUUUGCCCUGCUGAGCAAUAGUUCUGGAUUCAAAGCCAUGCUCAUUCCCAAACUGCCCCUUUUCCUGCUGCUUCCAGGGCUGUGCUUGGGGCUGUGGAGGGGCCAAACUCCGUCUGUCCUGCCGUGCUUGGCCCAUCACCGCAGCCACGUGUCUCUGGGUCAUCCCUGGAGUACAACAGGAGCUGAGGGAGGGGGCUCUCAGGCCCCCGCCUGCCUGCUCAGCACCUUCCUGGAGUACAGCCUGGGGAGCUCCUGGCACCCUGCUGAGCCCCAGGCAGGAUGUGACCCCUUCUCAGCCCUGGGGCUCGUCUCCGGCCCCGUUGCAAGCCCCCAGCUAAACUGCGCCGGGUCCGCAUCUCGCUGGGGGCAGCAGCAGCCGGGCAGCAGCAGCGGGUGCCCCCGUCCUGAGCAACCUCUCCGCCUCCUCAAGGCGUUCCCUGCCCCGGCCCCCCGGCCCCUCCCUGUGCCCGGAAGCACAAAAAGUUCCGCCGUGGAAGCAAAGUCCAGGCUGCCGGACAGUGGUCAGCCGUGGCCGGGCGCUGCGGGACGAUGGCAGCCGGGCUCCGGGGAGCGCUCAGUCUGCUCUGCUCGUCCCGCUGGCCGCAGGGCUGGAGUCUGUCCCUGGGGCCGUCAGGAGCGCGUUUGGCCCAUGCCGGGGCUGCAGCCCAGCUGCAGCAGGAAUACGACGCGGUGGUGAUCGGGGCAGGGCACAACGGGCUGGUGGCAGCUGCCUACCUGCAGCAGGCAGGGCUGCGCACGGCUGUGCUGGAGAAGCGUCACGUGCUGGGCGGCGCGGCCGUCACCGAGGAGAUUGUGCCAGGUACCCCUGCGUGCCUCUUGUCCCCCGGCCCUGGCCAGUCCUGGUGGUGGACAUUCCCCACUACCCCACAUGUUCCAGGGUUCAAGUUCUCCCGGGCAUCAUAUCUGCUCAGCCUGCUGCGACCACAAAUCUAUGCUGAUCUGGAGCUGCAGCGGCACGGUCUGAGGGUGCUCCCACGCGACCCCUACUCCUUCACCCCACUGCUGGAGGACAGGAGCCCUCCUCGCUCCCUGCUGCUGGGACAUGACAUGGCCCAGACUCAGCAGCAGAUUGCUCAGUUCUCCCAGAAGGAUGCCCAGGCCUACCCUAAGUAUGAGGCGUUCAUGAGGCGCAUGGUGUUAGCCCUUGACCCACUGCUGGAUGCCCCUCCAGUGGAUACCGCUGCCCUGGGAAAGGGUUCCCUGCUCCAGCAACUCAGGAACCUGCAAACCCUGAAGCCCUUGCUGCAGGCAGGGCUGGCACUGGGGCAGCAGCUGCCCCUCUAUUAUGAGGUGCUCACAGCUCCCAUCUCCAAGAUCCUGGAUCACUGGUUUGAAUCAGAACCCUUGAAGGCAACUCUGGCUACUGAUGCUGUGAUUGGAGCCAUGGCCAGCCCACACACCCCUGGCAGUGGGUAUGUGCUGUUGCACCAUGUCAUGGGGGAGCUGGAGGGACGGCGGGGGGCCUGGGGCUACGUGGCAGGCGGGAUGGGAGCCCUGUCCCAAGCCAUCGCCCAGGCAGCGACUGCCCGGGGAGCCCACAUCUUUGCUGAGAAGGCAGUGUGCCACGUGCUGCUGGGCAGGGCCGGGGAGGCGCAGGGUGUCGUGCUGGAGGAUGGGACAGAGGUGAGGAGCAAACUGGUGCUGUCCAAUGCCUCCCCCCAAAUCACCUUUCUGGAACUCAUUCCUCAGGAGCAGCUGCCCAAGGAUUUUGUCCAGCGGAUCCGGCAGCUUGACACACGCUCCCCUGUCACCAAGAUCAAUGUGGCAGUGGAUCGGCUGCCCAGCUUCCUGGCUGCCCCCAAUGCCCGCGACGGCCAGCCCCUGCCCCACCACCAGUGCUCCAUACACCUCAACUGCGAGGGCACUCAGCUCCUGCAUCAGGCAUUCACUGAGGCUGCCCACGGGCACCCCUCCAGCAGGCCCAUGAUUGAGCUGUGCAUUCCCUCAGUGCUGGACCCGGGGCUGGCCCCGCCAGGCUGCCAUGUCGUGUCCCUCUUCACGCAGUACACCCCCUCCGUGCUGGCGGGCGGGCGGUCCUGGGACGAGCAGGCCAGAAAUGCAUAUGCAGACACGGUGUUUGACUGCAUCGAAGACUAUGCCCCAGGCUUCAAGGCAUCUGUCAUUGGCAGGGACAUCCUGACACCACCAGACCUGGAGAGGAUCUUUGGGCUGCCUGGUGGAAACAUCUUCCAUGGAGGGAUGUCUCUGGACCAGCUGUACUUUGCCCGGCCAGUGCCAUCCUACUCUGGCUACCGGUCCCCAGUUCCUGGCCUGUAUCUCUGUGGAAGUGGAGCCCACCCUGGAGGAGGAGUGAUGGGAGCAGCAGGACGCAAUGCCGCCCAGGUGGCUAUCAAGGAUUUCAGGCACCUCUGAUGAGAUUGGUGAAACUGACUUCACCAACAGAGGGUUGCAACAGCAGCAUUCCCUACUGAUGCCAUGCAGAACCCUGCCCAUCCCCAACUUGAUUCCCCAGCACCUCAGGGCAGCAGCAUCUCCUGAGAGCUAGGUGUAGGCUGGCAGGGUCCCCUGUGCUCCCAGCUGCUACUGUCACCUUGAACAGAUGGCUGCUCCCAGCCUGCCACAACCCAGCCUUGCUCCAGUGGCUCCUGGAUCCUGAAUGACCAUGGCAAGCCUUACUCAGCCCCUGCCUGUGCCCAUGGAAAUAAACCCUGGCCCAGGCUCUGCCAUGA